AUGGCGGACAUCCAGACAGAGCGUGCCUACCAGAAGCAGUUGACCCUCUUCCAGAACAAGAAGCGGGUGCUGCUGGGGGACACAGCCAAGGAGAAGCUGCCCCGCUACUACAAGAACAUCGGCCUGGGCUUCAAGACACCCAAGAAGGCCAUCGAGGGCACCAACAUCGACAAGAAGUGCCCCUUCACCGGGAACGCGUCCAUCCGCAGCAAGAUCCCUUCUGGCGUGGUGACCAAGAUGAAGAGGCAGAGGAGCGUCGUCAGCCGCCCAGACUACCUGCACCACAUCCGCAAGUAUAACCGCUUUGAGAAGCGCCACAAGAACAGGUCGGUGCACCUGUGCUCCUGCUUCCCAAACGUCCAGAUCGGAGACAUCAUCACUGUGGGAGAGUGCUGGCCUCUCAGAAAGACCGUGAGGUUCAACGUGCUGAAGGUCACCAAGGCAGCAGGGACCAAGAAACAGUUCCAGAAGUUCUAA